AUGCGUCUACUACUCUGCCUGGCGUUGACCGCCAACAUCUCUUGGGUUCUUUGCAAACCCUUAACGGACCCUAACACGCAAACUGUCAAAGCCCAUAUGGACUUGGCCGCGGCUGGUGUACACGACAUGGAAGCCCGCACCAACGUCGCCAGGGCAGGCACGCGCGACAUUGAGGCCCGCCUGACCAACACCGAGGCUUUCUCUCUUCUGACAGCCGCUGGCAUCCACGUCCAGACUAUAUACAGGUUCAUCGAGUUCGAACACUACAAGCCUAUGUGGGCAGCGACCAAGAAAGCUGGGAAGAAGCUCUGGUCACUCGCGUACUACAUGAGAACGACCGAGGCGGACGCUCGCCGUGUCGGCACACCAGGCCUCGAAGAAGGCCGUCACAGAAUCUCGGAGGCGACCGAAAUAAAAUUGGAUCCGAUACCGGAGGAGCAGAAUGGCGAUGGCGGACCGGGGUUCAUCAACUUGAUACCCCAUGACGGCGGAAGACCCGAGGAUAACGUCAACAUGAAAAAGCUCAAGAAGGCGGCAAAGGAAGUAGCAGUCAUGUCGAAAACAGGAACCAAACCCCACCAAGUGGAGUUCCUGGUGGGAUUGUACACGUUCUAUGCGUCAGAUCCCGAAUCGGAUACAGAUAACGACGGCUUGAACCCAAAAGAGAUGAAAAACCACAACAGCGCAUACAAAAAUACGCAAAAAGUUAAAAAGGCAUCUGCGAAGCCUGCCCAUGAAGACCCGGACAACGACGGUUACGUGGCUGAUGACGAGACUGAGAAGAAACGGUCUCAGCGGGGACCGUUCGAGACAGCACUGGUAUAA